AUCUGCGAUUGUGUGCAACAUGGAUUAUUUGACGCCUGUUUUUGAACAGCUGAUAGGUAAUGAUUUGUUUCUGUCAACUGCACCAAGUCCUUCAGCCACACGUAACAAUGAAACUCAAAAAGGUGCCAGUAUCUUGGGAACAAUUUUUUUAAUUGUGAAUGCCACACUAGGAGCUGGACUAUUAAAUUUUCCUCAGGCCUUUGACAAAGCAGGUGGAGUAGGAACUUCCAUUGUGGCACAGCUUAGUUUUCUUAUAUUUAUCACAGCUGCUUUAGUGAUACUGGCCAGUUGCAGCGACAGUACAGGUACCAAUACCAUGCAAGAUGCAUUCGCUAGCCUGUGCGGAUCUAAAUCACUUAUUUUCUGUGGAAUUUGCGUAGCGGUUUACAGCUUUGGCUGUUGCCUAACGUUCUUAAUUAUUGUUGGUGAUCAAUUUGACAGAGUGCUCGCCACAUUUUAUGGGCUCGACUACUGUCAUACUUGGUAAUUAUCACGGUAACAAAAUAAAAAACAAUUACAAUUUGCAAAAUUAUUUUAAUCU